GAACUAUUCCUCCCCAAAUCCAAUUUCAAAAAAAAAAACCCUAAAAUUGAAUAAAAAUCCCCAAAAAUUCUCUCUUCCUUCUUCCUCCGUCAAUGGCGUCUGCGAAACCCACCGAUCAGCUAAAACAGCUCAAAGACAUCUUCGCUCGCUUCGACAUGGACGGAGACGGAAGCCUCACACAGCUCGAGCUCGCCGCUCUCCUCCGUUCCCUCGGAAUCAAACCUCGCGGCGAUCAGAUCUCUCUCCUCCUCAACCAAAUCGACCGUAACGGUAACGGAUCCGUCGAAUUCGACGAGCUCGUCGUCGCGAUUCUUCCCGAUAUCAACGAGGAGGUUCUCAUUAACCAGGAGCAGCUCAUGGAGGUUUUCCGUUCGUUCGAUCGCGACGGUAACGGUCAGAUCACGGCGGCUGAACUUGCUGGGUCAAUGGCUAAGAUGGGACAUCCGUUGACUUACCGUGAGUUGACGGAAAUGAUGACGGAGGCUGAUUCUAACGGUGACGGCGUUAUUAGUUUUAAUGAGUUUGCACAUAUCAUGGCUAAAUCCGCCGCUGAUUUUCUUGGAUUAACCGCUGCUUCUUAAUUCUCUAUGUUUUGUUUUCUGAUUAAAUUUUUUUUUUUUAUGUCAAGUUUUUUUUUUGUAUUAUGCAACUUGUGUAAUCUAACAAAGCGCUAAUUUUCCUUCUUUUCUUCUAAUUAAUUUAUUAUACCGUUGGUGUGUGACGUAAAUAUUUAUUUGGUGAUAUAAAACAUGCCAUAUCAAGA